AACUAAGCGAGUCUAUCAUAAGAUGUGGAGGGUUCUCCAAAAUAAAGAUCCGCCGUCGUCAUCAAAAGCUCGUCCUAACGAUCUCACGGUUAACCUAGAAAGCAAAAGGACCUUUAUCUCCCAGGGGAUAUCGCUGCCGGGUUCUUUUGGUAAUGUUCUACAACGCCACGAGAUACACGAAAAUAUUGAAAAAACAUCAUCACAGAGAGAUGUUGAUGCGGACGACAAUGUUUUUCGCGUGUUUAAGUGUUAUGGUGAAAUCACGCUUCCUACCCGCCGGCCUGGGACUUUGGAUGCGUCCAUCGGGAGUUACGUGGCCAUGCACCGCAUUGGCCGCGAUGGCGGAGGAAUCGUCGUCUACAAAGCAAUCAGGAUUUAUGUUUCGGUGACGGAGAGGAGGUCGAGUCGUUCUGGGUUCGUCUGGGUGGGGAACUCGUUCGUCGCGCUCAAGGUCGUCGAGGAUAACCCAGAAAUCGUGUCACAUGUGAAGGCCGAAAUCGGAAGGACCGAGGACGCCGGCGGGGAUUAUAAUCGUCAUCCCAAUUCUCUGUGUGUGCUUGCCCAUUUCAAGGACCCCCAGUCUCAUAAAUACUGCGUCGCGAUAGGCCAAUUCCCGGAUCUCGGAUCCCUCCGCACCAUAAUGUUCAACAGGUUCCCGGGAGGGUUACCAGAGGACCUCAUCCUCUCUGCCCUCAGAUCCGUUCUGAACGCCCUGAAAAUACUCCACAAGAAGCGCCGCGCUGUGCACGGAGAUAUCAAUUCGGGACACGUUUACCUCUGUGGCAACCCCUCACUGCAUACUUGCAGCAUAUGCUUGGGGUUCGCCGCCGCUCUCUUUGAAGAUGACGCCGCCGCCGCCGCCGCAUGCAACGGGUCCACUUUUCUGCCGUGGGCUUCUAUGUCCCACUGGGCCGCUCCCCCGGAAGUGUACACUCAUGGUCGACCCCACACGCAGAAGACGGACGUUUGGUUCGUGGGAAUCACUGCUCUUGAGUUAGCCUAUGGUGGACUCAACGUUCCCAGCCGAGAGGCCUUUGACGCAAUCAUCAAUCAUGUUCGUGUCCACAGGUCGCUCCCCACAUCCACGGCUUCCCCUUGUCUUCUUCUUAAUGAGGCCGCCGAGCCGGCGGUGCGAAAACGGCGUAAUAACGCCGCCAAGAAGCUCAUGGCGAAACUGCUGCGGCCUUUUCGCUCCUCGUCCCCUAAUGCUGGUGACCGGAGUGGUGGGCGACUUGCACAAUUUUCUGAGCCGUUCACUGAUAUGGUGAUUCAGUGCCUCGCUGGAGAUCCUAAAAAGAGGCCGCCUGUUCAUAAGCUUUUGUCUCACCCAUUCUUCCUAAGAAGCGCACAUCGCAACGAUGGAGACCACUUUUACGAUGCCGUGACGAACACUACUCCUAUCUCAUCACUUGCUAUUUCAUAACCAUUUAAGUACUCCGUAUUACUCCAUUUAAUUUGUUACAAGUAGAUAGUAUAUUUUCA